AUAAUUUGAUUGGUUGAUAUGUGAGAUGAAGAUGAAACACACUUCCAUAUAAAAACAAUGAAGCACCACAUUGGUCAAGAGGAUUGGAAGUAGCAGCUAUGCUGAAGCACAGUGACUUGCAAAUCCGCAUUAACAAUGAGGAAAUGUUCCUUUUGGACAAGAAGUUCAUAUCAAAAUACUGUGGCAGAAUGAAGAAGAUCUUGAACCAAGAAAAUAGAAUGUGUCACAGCAAAACCUUGAGCAUUGAAAUCAAUGAUUUCCCUGGAGGGCCAGAAGGGUUUGAACUGGUUUCAAGAUUCUGUUACAACCAUGGCAAAAUCCCCAUCACUGUAUACAAUGUGCUAAUUCUCCAUUGUUGUGCCAUUUAUCUUGGAAUGAGUGAAGAGGUCUUCAGCAACAAUCUUUUGCAACAAACAAAAACCUUUCUUAAGGGAAUCCGUUGCUGGACAUGGAAUGAAAUAGUUGCAAGCCUCAAGAAUUGUGACCUACUUUAUACAUAUGCUGAUAGCUAUGGUCUGUUAGAGAAGAUUAUUGCUGCAAUCGUUGCAAAAAUGGAUCAAAAUUCAGAGGUAAACCUCUUCACCUCCUCAUCUCCAUCAUCCCCAUCAUCUCCUGAGAGCAAUUCUGCCAAGAGAUUUUCUUGUUCAACACAACUUACUCCCAAAACUGUGAAGUCAACUUUGCCAAAUAAAGCAUGGUGGUUUGAGGAUUUGACUACUUUACCACCAAAGAUAAUUGAGAAGAUUCUACAGACUAUUGGAGCAUACAGAACAGACAACAACAACUUAAUUCUCACAAGGUUUCUGCUUCAGUAUCUGAAAAUAGUGACUCUAACAAAAGAGAUUAACUGCAAAAACAGUGUUGAGUAUGCUGGUCUUGCAGAAACAGCCGUUUAUGGGGUCAUAUCUAUUGGUAACAAGAGUUUUUCUUGUAGAGGGCUAUUUUGGGUAUUAAGGAUUGUAUCAAGGUUUGGGUUGAGUAGAGAUUGCAGAAUUGAAAUUGAGAAAUUGAUUGGUGGGGUGCUUGAGCAAGCAACUUUGGAUGAUCUACUAGUCUUAGGACAUCAUAUGAAACUUUACUAUGAUGUAACUUUUGUGAUAAGGUUGAUUAAGCAAUUUGUUGAUAUAAAUGGCUCUAAUGAGGUGUGUGUGCAGAGGUUGAAAAAAGUUGGUAGAUUAGUUGAUAAGUAUUUGAUAGAGAUAUCCCCUGAUCAGAACCUCAAGGUCACUAAGUUUCUUGCAGUUGCAGAAUGUUUGCCUGAUUGUGCAAGGGAUUGCUUUGAUGGGGUGUACAGAGCCAUUGACAUCUAUCUUCAGUCUCAUCCGAUGCUCGCAUCAGAGGAGAGGUCAAGAUUGUGUAGAUGUCUUAAUUUCAACAAACUCAGCUUUGAAGUUUGUAAAGAUCUUGCAAAGAACCCCAAAAUACCUCCAACUAUUUCAAUGCAAGCUCUUAUUUCUCAACAAACGAACAUUCCAUCAAGUGAUGAAAGUGAAAUCGUGAACCCUUCCCAAAUCAUUUUGUACUAUGACAAGACUGAUAGCUUCUUGGAAGAGAAAGAAGAUAUGAGACAAAAACUUGAGAGAAUGGAAUGGCGAGUAAAGGAAUUGGAGAUAUUGUGCAAGGAAAUGAAGGUUCAUAUGUCAAGGUUUCACUAACCAUAAUGUCUUAAUCUUUUUAUGCAAGCCUUGUUUUUUUUCUAUAUAUAUAGAAAAUAUAUAUAAGCUUUUCUUUAGCGGUCUCUCAAUAUCCUAGCUACAUUGAUAUUUCUUUCAAUUGUAAAAAGU